AUGGGCGCUCUGAGUUUCUUGGAUCGCAUAAAGUCCGUCUUUACCGGGAACGCUCAGAAAGUUCCCGAGGAGUUCAAGGAUCUCCACAAGUAUGAGCGGCUCCUCGGGGAAGAACGCAAGGCAAAGGAGGAACAUAUCGAGUACAACCUGACAGCAGAGGCCAACCGCGCUUUGCGUUUCGCAACUGCAUAUGGUGAGUGCUAUGACCAGUGCGCGGGACUGGCUCUCCGAGAGGAACUGAAGGCUGCAUCAUUGGAAUCGCUAUUGCCGAGCAACAUAACGUCGGUACCAUCGAAGGAUGCACUUACUUUUAAGAAAAAUCCAGGUGAAGCCGCUGUCGCCGAACUCGUAGGAGAGAUACUUGGUGAGGAUAUGACUGAAGGGCCAAAGCCAACAGCUGAGCACCUAGUCAAACAACAACUCAACGACGAUAUCAAGCGCAAUAUCCGUCUACAUGAACUGCAGUGUGAGCUGCACCAACUAGGGUUAGACAUAACGGUAAGAUCAGCAGCUCGGGUGACCACUAAAAUACUGGCGAGUUACGAUCGUUGCAUCUUUAUAGUGUCAACGGCUGCCUACGGCGAAUUCCCGCAUGCCAUACAACCAUUGGCCGUUGAGCUCAAAACUCAAAAAACUGGAUCAGUUGUUAGAUAUACAGUAUUCGGACUUGGAGAUUCAAGAUACCCUCUAUUCAACUAUUCAGCAAGGAAACUUGUAGCACUACUAGAAUCUGCCGGUGCCAGCUGCUUUUACGCCGUUGCAUACGGGGAUGAUCAACAUCCGCUGGGACAUCUUGGAGAGUUCAUCACGUGGAUAUCGGGCUUAACUGAGCUUUUCUCAACCGAAGAACUGGGUAAUCCACCCUCUUUGUGCUUCGAACUCACAAUGAAGAGGCUUGGCAAUGAGGGGGCAGAUGACUUGAUUGAUAUAAGGGCCACUAAAGGGACCGUACUGGCAAAUGAGCUGAUCACUUCCGAUGACCAUUUCAGACCGGUGAGGAAUCUCCUGAUCGACUGCAAUGGCCAAAACUAUGACGUAGGAGAUGUGUGUUGCCUUUAUCCUACAGGCGAUCCGGGUGCGGUGAAAUUGGCGUUGCAAUCAUUGGGAUACGACCCGCAGGAGGUCAUUGUGAUAUCCCGCGAAGAAAACGGCCGUUUGGAAUUCAAUCGAGACUUAGAACUUCUAACCAAUGUCAUAAGUUGCACCGAAAAACAGGAACAGCUGCCUUUCGAGGGUAAAGCCAUAAAGCUGCAAACGUUAUUCGUCGAAUUCUUAUCCUUGGAUAACAUAUGCACGCAGUGGCAAAUGUACGUCAUGGCGGCAUUUGCUGAUGUAGAAAUCCACAGGGACAAACUGCUUGAAAUGGCGUCCUUCACAGUGGACGGAUGCGCAGAGUACAACCGAUAUUGCAAGGAUGAACACAGAAGUUUGCUCGAAGUUCUACGCGAUUUCAACUCGGUGAGUCUGCCGCUGCAAGUACUUGUAAAUAUCGCCACGCCAUAUUACCCGAGGAUGUAUUCCAUUGCAUCGAUACCCACAACCAUCGGUAUAUCCAGGUAUUGGACUUCAAUGCAUGACUUGGCAACGAACGAACUUUCAUAUGGCGCCUUUAAAGGCUUCCUAAUGCGUAAAAGGUCCAAGACGGGGAUCAUGGAAUUAUGCGUCGCGAACGUAACACACAAUACGCCAUAUAAACGUGAAGUACAAGGACAGGCCUCCGAAUUGCUGAAGAAUGCAGCUCCAGGUAGUCUUAUAAGGUUUAGAAUCUUCAAGUCGGAACUUCCAAAGAUGUUGCUAGAAGUCAAUACACCAGUACUCUUCAUAUGCACAGGCACUGGCAUUGCUGCCUGCAAGCCUUUAUUAGAGGCUAGGGUGGAGAUGCUUACACAAAUGUGGAACCAAAAUUUUAGACGCCCAAAGGUCAGAGACCUUGCGUUGAUUGGGUUCAGGCGCAGAAAACAAGACCAUCUUUACCUUGGAGAUUUGAGGUUGCUCAAUUUAUGGUGUGAUGUCCACGUCGUGUACUCCAGGGAAACUGGACGCAAAGUCUACGUCCAAGAUGCCAUAGGCAAGUAUGCAAACCAUGUGUUGGACAUCAUGGUGAAAGGAAUGAUAGUAAUAUCAGGAAGGUCCCAUCCCAUGCCAAAGCAAGUUACGCAGAGGCUCAGGGAUCUACUGGUGGAGCACGCAGGGUUUGGAAAUAGAGCGGCAGACAAGUUCAUGGAGAGCGCUGUCUUGGGAGGCAAAAUCAUUUUCGACACCUGGGGAUAG